CUUCCCCCUGCGUCCUUCCUCGCGCCUUGGAAACCGGAUCCUUCCAUCCCAUGGGCCGGGGAUGGGCCGAACCGCUCAUGGAGACCAACUUCGAGCCCACGGAGCUGCUGGGCCUGGAGGAGGACGCCGUGCGGGCCGUGCUGGAAGACUUGGCCUCCCUGGCGCCGGAGCGGGAGGUGGAGUCGAAGGCCUUCUCGGACUGCAGCUACGUCACCUGCAAGGCCCUCGGCUUGCAAGUCCGGAUCAUGGGCAAGGCGGAUGUGGUCUUCCUGUACAACGAGGGUCAGCAGGGCUUCACCCGCUAUGCCGGCACCCUGCCAGAGGGACUGCAGUGGUCCCACCAGAGCAAGGAUGUGAUUUUGCUUCUGGGGGAGCCCUCUGACAAGUACGGGGGCGGGCGCUUCAGACCCGUGGGCAUUAGCUACGAGACCUUGGGGCUGGACAUUCAGUUCAAGGAGAACAGUUGGGAGAACGAGCAGAACCCCAUGGACUUCAUCUCUGUCUUCCAGCGCCUGGAUCCCUCGCAUGGGCUGUGCGAGCUCUGCGGGAAGAGGGCCUCCUUUCGCUGCGGGCUCUGCAAGUCCCAGCGCUACUGCAGCUCGGAGUGCCAGAAGAAGGACUGGGCAAAGCACCAGCAAGAAUGCGCGGGCUACGCGGCUGCGAAGCGGCCGAUAUCGGGGGAGGGGGAGGAGCUGCUGUUGCCGCGGGUGCAGCAGGCAUCACAGAGGCAAGCGAGCGCAGCUGAGGUGGCACUGGAUGCCAUGGAUUGACCGACCCCGUUCAGUG